AUGCCGCUAUGCCCACGGUUCUAUCGCGAAAUGCAAACGUCAAGGCUGCAGGUGGAAGAACAAUUCGGCUUCUCUGCCAUGCCAUUCCUUGGAAGGACCGCGGUCACGAUCCAGGGACAGUCGCCUGCAGUCGAUGUCGACGACCAGCACAAGCUCAUCAUGACUCACUGCGCUGCAUCACCCACGGCAACAGCGAAGGCCUUGCCGUUGGUGCAGCUCUUCUCCUGGGCGGACUUCUUCUCUCACAUCGAUCCUUCAUGCGACACCAAUCUUCACCCGCUUCUCAGCUGGUUGGAGCAAGAGUGGCCCGCCUUCGAUGCGAGAAACUACGCAGAGAACGACGACUGCGACGAUAACGUGGAGCUGGAACUGUGGCAACGAGGCGACGAGGAGGAUGAAGAAGAGGACGACAACGAAGCUCUCAACGGCGACGCCGAUCUCGAAGAGGAUAACGCCGAUGUCGACGCGGAAGGCGACGCGCCGCCGGUGAUGGAAAAGACAAAAGCAGCUGCGAAGCGGAAUGCGGCGGCACAGGCGUCCGAGGACCGCGGAGGAGGUCACGACAAAGAACUAAUCGCAAUGGAAGCGACGAAAGAGCCUCCAACGCGGACAGUACACGAAUUCGCGGCAUCAGGAGCGCAACCACUCUCGACGCCACUGCGCUACUUGACCACAACGACAAGCAUCGGCCUUCCUGGCGGCCCAGCCAGAGAGGCAGCACGCAUGAUAUCAGUUCUGGAUGCUCUAAAGGACACGCCUGAUAUCUUUGGAGUAACUCACAUGGGUUCUGAGGCGACAUUCUCUGCGCCGGAAGCACGUCAUGCCAAGAUGGCGAUUUACAAACGGCCCAGUGAGCACACUACUUUGGACUCCCGGCCAUCUUGUCGUUGCAAGGCGGCUGCUUCUGGGAAGGCUAAGGAGGAGGCAGCAACAGAUGCGAUGAAGUGGCCGCUGCGGAACUUCGGGAAGGUCGUGGGUGACUGUCCGUACGAUAAGGAUUACCUGUCACGUACCACAAAGGCAAAGUGCAACCCUCAAAGUGAGGUCGUCUCCAUUCAUCCUUUCAGUUAUCGAUGCAGUGCGCAACAGCUACUCAAACUCAUGAUCGCGCAAGAGGUCGGACCUAUUCUCGCCGCUUGCGGACUUCAAGUUAUUGUCCUCUACUCUCGACACCACCUGCGCAACCGACCGCAAUGA